CAGUAGUAGAGCUAUGCUGAAAUUGCUUGAGCAUCUGAGGACUCGAGAGCAAAGGUCGCUGCUUAUGUCGGGUUUGAGGCGGAUUGUAGUUCCUCUUACCAGAAACACCAAUGGCCAUAAUGUCAUUCAACACUGCUUCAAGCUUUUCUCUACUGAAGACAACAAGGAUAUUCUGGACGUGGUGGCUGAUAAUUGUCUUAGCAUUGCCACUGACAGAAACGGAUGUUGUAUUCUACAACAAUGCUUAGCCCACUCUCAUGGCCAAGCACGCGACUGUCUCAUGGCAAAGAUAAAAGCAAAUGCACUGGUUUUGUCUCAAGAUCCAUAUGGGAAUUACGUUGUGCAGUAUAUAGUGGGCCUGAAAAUACCGCACGUAGCAGCAAAGCUAGUGGCAGAACUCGCUGGGAACUACGUGUUGCUCUCCAUAAAUAAGUAUGGAAGCAACGUCGUAGAAAAAUGUCUGAGAGAAUUGGACCAGCAUUUUUGGCUACCGAUAGUUGAGGAGAUCAUUAACAGUCCAUACUUCCUGAUGGUUCUUCAAGAUCCCUACGGGAACUAUGUUGCACAGUCUGCACUGAAAACCUGCAAGGGUGAAAUUCGCCAUAAAAUGAUUAAACACAUUCAUGCUCACUACGCUUUUCUGCAUAGCCAUCCCUAUGGAAAGAGGGUUCUUGCAAGGACCAAGUGGAGCAAGCAGUGUGUGUAAUUAUGCAGACAAUUACCACUACUUCCAAGACCAAGUGAAUCAUAACAUCGAUGCUGUCUUCCCCACCCACCCUAUCCCACAAUUUUGUAUCCUGAUCAGUACAUUUGUGCAGGUUAGUUCUUAGUAGGUUUAAAUGUAUUUUUUGUUCCGUAAUUAUUUUUUUUUGACAUUUUGAUUCAAUAACUUAUCAAAAUAGCAAUUAGUCAUGUAUGUUUUACAUUUUUCUAAUUUCAGGACAAAAUUGGCCCGAUUUUAAAAUCUGCCAGAAAAUGAUGUCACUUUCUGGCCAACUUUUUGAAAAGUCCGGCCAAUUUUGUUCUGAAAUCGUGAAAAUUAAAAACAUAUAUGACUAAUUAUUAUUUUGAUAAGUUAUUGAAUCGAAAUGCCAAAUGACAAUGAUUAUAGAACUAAAAAUGCAAUUAAACCUCCUUAGUAAUUAGUUGUCUGUACUUAUCUUGCAACAGUAUCACCUCUUUUUGUUGUUUAAUUUGUUGGUAGAUUAAGUAUAAGUAAAAUGUACUAUUUUCUUUUGCGAGAAGUUUACUCUUUUGGUGAUUUAUGGAGUUAUGACUGACUUUAAGGAAUAGA